AUGCCUUCUCACAAGCGAGGUAAGUCGGCUCCGAUGAUCAUGGACCAACAACCACUAAAGAGACAGGAACCGAUCCCCUUCCCUCUUACGGUUUUCCUCCUCUUCAGCCUCCGUGUCGUUUACAACCUUACCUCCACGACUCCUAGGCCCCUCGUCAUCUUCGGCAGCCUUGUCUCUGCAUUCUUCGAACUCAGAGAUGGCGAUGAGACGGACGAAGUAUAUGUCAAGAAGCCGUGGCAGUUGUUCGAGCUCCCUGAGUACCGCAGCCUACUCGUGACCAAGCUCGGCAAAUGCUGGUCACGGGCAAUCGCCUUUGAUAUGGACGAUAUGGAGGAUCUCUUCGACAAUCUCUGCGACCUGAUGAUGACCCGCCUUUGA